UUCCCCUCCCCAUCAUCUUUUUUAGGAGCUGCUGGGUUCAGGAGAGGGGAUCCCAGGAGGGGCAGCCAUGGUGGGGCUGAAAGAAGGCCCUGGAGGCACCCAGGAGGAGCCCCAGCAGCCAGGAACAGGCCCCUUGGAGGGAGACUAUGGAAGGAUCGAGGGUUGCCUGCCCCUUCUGGGGAAUGCUCCUUCCACCAAGCGUUUCUCCCCAGCCAAACGGAAGCAGUACUACAUCAACCAAGCCAUCCGGAACUCGGACCUCAUCCCCCGAGCCAAAGGACGCAAGAGCUUGCAGCGGCUGGAGAACACACGUUACUUGAUGACCCUUCUGGAGCGGGACGAUUGCACCAGCGAAGAAGGCGAGUUUUCUCACCCGGCAACUCCGAGCAUUUUCACCGAAGCCUGCAAAAAUGAGACAUACAUGAAGAUUUGGAAUGACUUCAUGAACCGGUCCGGUGAGGAACAAGAACGCGUCUUGUUGUUUUUGGAGGAGGAAACGAGAAAGAAAAAGAACAAACUGAACGACAAAAUGGAAGUCAACUGGAAAGAGCAUCCUGCCUUCACCCCAAAAGAGUGUUUUCAGCGCAUCAGCCGGCGCUUGCGAAUGACCCUCAAGCGAAGCCGGAUUCCCAUGGAGACCUUGGAAGGUUUGGAGGAAGAGUUGCUGGCUUUUUUCUCCGCUAACCCUCACGCCGUCUAUACGGCAAUGAUGGACAAUAGGUAACGGACAUUUGCUGUCUUGCUCCCCGGUGUUUUAAACCACUGGUUAGAAGCAUGGCAAGAGGUGCAGAAAAUGACGCGUGGUACAUGGAAAGGGGAUACGCAGCUGAUUUCUCUCCAUUUUUGCAACACUAGAACAUACAUGGCCCAGUCGCAUGUGUCCAAUGUGCCGUCGAGUCACCUGUUGAUUUGUGGCGGCCCCAUGGAUUUCAUAGGGUCUUCUUAGGCAAGGAAUUCUCCGAAAUGUUGUUGCCAGUUCUUGAAACAGAGCCUCCAGCACCUGGCCUUCAUUGGCAGUCUCCCAUCCAGGAGCUAUCCAGGGCUGAAGAAGCUUAGCUUCCAAGAUCAGACAGGAUCUGGUGCUUUGUGUGUGUAUCUGUGUGCAUUUGCCUUCAAGUCACCAAUCGGCUUAUGGAAACCUCAUUAAUUUAAUUGGUUUUUUCCAGGUAAGGAAUCCUCAAAGAGGUGGUUUUGCCAGUUUCUUCCUCUGAAAUGGAGCCUCAAGCACCUGGCAUUCCUUAGUGGUCUCCCCUCCAAGGACUAACCAGGGUUGGCCCAGCUUA